AUGGAUAAGCUUGGAUUUUGGAAUAUAAGAGGUCUCAAUAAAGAUAGCAAGCUCUGUGAUGUCCUUUGGUUUAUUAGACACCAUGGAGUGGGUUUAUUUGGACUUCUUGAAACAAAGGUGAAGGUUGGGAAGUUUGGUGAUGUGUUUAGUAGGCUUGGAAGUGACUGGUCUUUGAUUCAUGUUUAUGUAGCUCACAAAGCUACUAGGUUCAGCUUUGAUUGUACUAUGAUUGUUGAGCUCAGUAAUAAGAUUACAGGCCCUUGGAUUUUGCAAGGUGACUUUAACAGUGUGCUGAAUCUGAAUGACAGAAUAGGGAGCACUGUGUCCUUAGCUGAGGAAGGCAAGGAUAGAGUUUGCUCAAAGAUUGACAAGGUUAUUGCUAAUAAUGAGUGGAUGCUGAAAUUUGCUGAUAUGCAAGCUACUUUUUUCCUUAAGGGGAUAAUGGAUCAUAGCCCUUGUGUGAUUAAUCUAUUUGAUUCUGGUAAUCAUACUAAGAAACCUUUUAGGUUUGUGAAUAUAUGGGUGGACUCUCCAGACUUUCUACCUGGGGUUAUGGAUGUUUGGUGUAAAAUGGUCUCUAGUACUCCUAUGUUCCAAUGUGUGAGGAAGAUGAAAGAGGUGAAGCAGUUUUUGAAAGAAUCCAAGAUGGGUAGAUUCUCUUGUGUGGAGGUUGAUGAUGUAAUUGCUGAGAAACACCUUGAAGACAUCCAGAUUAUGCUGCAAAGUGAUCCUGGUAAUGAAGAGUUAAUCAGUCAAGAAAGAUUGGCUAGGAUACAGUUUGCUAAAACUCAAUCUAAUAGAUUUAACUUCUUAAAACAAAAAGCUAAAGUUCAUUGGCUCAAGGAUGAUCCAGGGCAGGUGUGUGAUGCUUUUCUUCAGUAUUAUCAAGGAAUACUUGGUAUUGAGACUCAAAUGAAUGGUAAUAUCCACCAUGGAGUGAUUUCUAAAGGUAAAGUGCUUUCUGAAGACCAGGGCAUCAAUAUUUGCAGCGAGUUUUGUGAACAUGAUGUUAAGAGAGCUUUAUGGAGCAUUGAGGAUGACAAAGCUCUUGGAUCUGAUGGGUUGUCCAACAAGUUUUUCUCAAGGCUACCUGGAGCAUUGUUGGUUUUGAUAUCACUAAAGAUGUUCUGGAUUUCUUUAGUUCAGAUCAUUUCUAAAAUUAUUUGUGAUAGAUUGAAGGAAGUGUUACCUGAGCUGAUUGAUGGAUGUCAAGGUGCCUUUGUUUCUGGGAGAUCUAUCUUGGAUAAUAUUCUGAUUUGUCAGGAUAUGCUCAAAGCUAAUAGUAAUAAGAGGAAGCCUCCCAGAUGUACUAUAAAGGUUGAUCUGAGGAAAGCUUAUGAUUCUGUUAAUUGGAGAUUCAUUCAUGAGAUGUUGAGUGCUCUUAAUUUUCCCUCCAAGUUCAUCUCUUAG